UCCUCCAGUAAACUGACCCGAUCUCCAGUGAAAAUCGGCCAGAAACCCAAGAACAUGCAGUGCAAGGUGGCGCUUCUGGACGGCUCCGACUACACCUGCGUGGUGGAGAAGCGUGAUAAAGGACAGGUUCUAUUCGACAAAGUCUGCGAGCAUCUCAAUCUUCUGGAGAAAGAUUACUUUGCCGUCACAUUCCGUGACGUGGAGAAUCAGAAGAACUGGCUGGACCCUUCCAAAGACUUGAAGAAGCAGAUCAGAGGCGUCGCCUGGAAUUUCUCAUUCAACGUGAAGUUUUACCCUCCGGAGCCGGCGCUGCUGUCUGAAGACAUCACCAGAUAUUACCUGUGUUUACAGCUGCGGGAUGAUAUCGUAUCGGGUCGUUUGCCGUGUUCGUUCGCCACACACACGGUUCUGGGUUCGUAUUCGGUUCAGUCGGAGCUGGGCGAUUAUGACCCGGAUGAGUACGGCUCCGACUACGUCAGCGAGUUUCGUUUCGCGCCUCAUCAGACCAAAGAGAUGGAGGAGAAAAUCAUGGACCUGCACAAGAACUACAAAGGAAUGACGCCGGCUGAAGCUGAGAUGCAUUUUCUGGAGAAUGUAAAGAAACUGUCUAUGUAUGGAGUCGACCUUCAUCAUGCAAAGGAUUCAGAGGGGGUGGAGAUCAUGUUGGGCGUGUGUUCCUCCGGGCUCCUCAUCUACCGCGACAGACUUCGCAUCAACCGCUUCGCCUGGCCCAAAGUCCUCAAGAUCUCCUACAAACGCAAUAACUUCUACGUCAAGAUCCGUCCAGGCGAGUUUGAGCAGUUUGAAAGCACGAUAGGCUUUAAACUACCCAACCACAGAGCGGCCAAGAGGCUGUGGAAGGUUUGUGUGGAGCAUCACACGUUCUUCAGGUUGGUUUCUCCAGAGACUCCGCCUAAGAAGUUCCUCACACUGGGUUCUAAGUUCCGCUACAGCGGCAGAACUCAGGCUCAGACCCGACGGGCCAGUUCCCAGAUCGUCCGUCCGGCGCCGUACUUCGAGCGUUCGACCAGCAAGCGCUACACGAUGUCACGGAGUCUGGAUGGAGAGAUGGGUACGGCCUUGUACGGCACGGCCAAAGGCAUUGCCAUGAGUGACCUCAUCACCACGGUAACGCCGGAGAAGAAAGUCGAGGAGACGCGCGAGGAGGAGCGUGAGGAGACUCGACUGGUGCUGGUGGAGAGUGUGUCAGUGCUGGAGGAAGAGGACGAGAUAACGAAAGCCACGGAACCGUCGCUGCCGAGCCCACUGACACCGGCCCGACAGGACACACGGACUGAUCUCACAGACACUGCUAUCGAUGGAGAUUUAACGGCCACCGAGUCGGAUCAGGAGGACGAAUCUGAAGCAAAGACGCAGGAGAUCGAGCAAACGCCAGACGAGCUGCUGAAGCAUCAGACCAACAUCAGCGAGCUGAAGCGCACGUUCCUGGAGGGAGGACCGGAGCGCACGGGGCUGACCGAGUGGGAGAAGCGUCUGUCCUCGUCUCCGCUGCGGUCCCCGCGUCUGGACGAAGCGCCCAUGAUCGAGCCGCUGGAGCCGGACGAGCUCAAACAGGAAGCAGCGGUGGAGAUACAGGAAGUGGCCGCAGCAGCUCUGGAGCCGCAGGAAGAGAAGGUUGAUGUGGAGUCUGACGGGUGGGUCAUUAUAAACAAGGUUCCUCCGUUUGAACCAGAUAAACGUCCUCCAGUCAAAGCAGAAACGUUUUCUCGUAAGAUACCAGAGAAGGUUUCCACCGUAGUACAAGAACAACGUCCUCCAGUUGAGCCAGAAAAACCCUUCUCCGCCAAAUAUGAAGAGCUUCCUCCAGAGAAAACUCCUUCUAAGCUUCCAGAAAAGGUUUCUACCAUAGUACAGGAGACAUUUCCUCCAGAAAAACCUUAUUUGUUUGUAUCUGAAGAGGAUUCUCCAAGGAAAACUCUUUCUAAGAUUCCAGAAAAGGUUCCUCCAGAAAAACCCUUGUCCAUUGUAUCUGAAGGGGAUUCUCCAAGAAAAACUCCUUCUAAGAUUCCAGAAAAGGCUCCUCCAGAAAAACCCUUGUCCAUUGUAUCUGAAGGGGAUUCUCCAAGGAAAACUCCUUCUAAGAUUCCAGAAAAGGUUCCUCCAGAAAAACCCUUGUCCAUUGUAUCUGAAGAGGUUUAUCCAAGAAAAACUCCUUCUAAGAUACCAGUAAAGGUUUCUACCAUAGUACAAGAAACUUUUCCUCCAGAAAAACCUUCUUUGAUUGUAUCUGAAGAGUUUUCUCCUAAGAAGACUCCUCUGAAGAUACCAGAAAAGUUUCCUCCAGUGGAACCAAAGAAACCAUCAUCCGUCGUAUCUGAAGAGGUUUCUCCAAAGAAAAUUCCUCCGAAGGUGCCAGAAAAGGUUUCUACGGUGGUCCAAGGAAAGGUUGAACCCAUAAAGGUUCCUUCUGUUGGUUCUUCAGAGCAUGUUCCUCCUAAAGUACCACCAAAAGUCCCCCCGAAGGUUCCAGAGAAGAAACGCAUCGCCAGCUACAGAUUCACAUCCGCCUCGAGCACGACGUCGUCCGGUGAACCUCCAGAAGAUAAACUCACCGGAUCUCUAGAGGGUUUCUCCGUUGUGUCUGAGCAGAUCAGUAAGAUGCGUCUCCGCUCUCCUGUGGAUCUCAGCAGAACGUCUCCGACAGCUCGAGUGCCUAAGCCCAGUUUUGAUGAGAUGUCUCCUGAGCUCACGGCACUCUUGCAGUCCACUCGCAGCUGGACUCCGUCUGCGUCUGCGUCUGUGUCUCCCGCUCCGAUCACACAGACGAUCGCGUUACACAAGCCAUCAGAGAGUCAUCCGGCUGAAGAAGAGGAUCAGCAGCCGCCGGCAGAGGAACUUCAGCCUCAGUCAGGUGUGGUGAGUUUCUCCAGGACUCUGUCAGGAGACACGGACACACAGAUCCACACGGAGAUGAAGACCAUCACAUACGAGUCCCUGCAGGGCGAGACGGAUGGAGACGCUGAUGAUCCUGGCAUUCUGCUGAGCGCUCAGACCAUUACAUCAGAAACCACCAGCACCAGCACCACCACACACAUCACCAAGACGGUGAAGGGCGGCAUCUCAGAAACACGGAUUGAGAAGAGAAUCGUGAUCUCAGGAGAUGCAGACAUCGAUCAUGACGAGGCUCUGGCUCAGGCCAUUAAAGAGGCUAAAGAACAACAUCCCGACAUGUCAGUGACCAAAGUGGUGGUGCAUAAAGAGACGGAGAUCACGCCGGAGGAGUGAUACAGGAUUAACAUCAUCUUCAUGCUUGCUGGAGGAACUCAUGUGUUCAUGCUGUGGAAAAUGAAGGAUGCUUCAGAGAAAUCAACACGGGAACAGCAGCAUAAGCGAAUGAAUUGCAGCAAACGUCAUCUGAACACGUCUGGAGUAACGCACACACACAUGCUUACAGGCACCGCACUGGAUCACUGUUACUGCAUGACAAGGGAACAAUGCUGCUUUUUGUGAGGAGACUACAGUAUAUAGACAUUUUAGUAAAUACUUUAUGAGCGCAGUGUAUAGUCAAACCACAAGCUCAUCAUAAAGGGACUGAAGAAUAUGUGUGAGAGGAAAUAUAACGGUUACAGAUAUCUACAUUUAUUUAUUCUACUGAAUACUGCUCACUUUAAAAAAGGACAAACUUUGCACAAUAUUUAACCGCGCAAAAAUGUGCCAUCCACACUCCGUCGGCUCAUCUCUGAUCUGCUCACAUCAUUAUGAGAAUAUGAAUAUGCCACACAUGUAUGUUAGAGACGUGUUAUGUUGUUUUUACUUGUUAUACACCUGUUUUUGUUUCUUUUUGAAAACUGUCGCUUGUGAACGUUGAGUUUAGAGGAAUGAAACUCUCCGAGAGCUGUUGUAAUGACGACCUGAAAUAUCAAUCCCAGAGUUCUCCCUGCCCCGAGUGCCACAUCUGAGCCUUAAACUGUACAGAAGAACCCCAUGUGUGUUUAUGUCCUUGUUUGUUUUCCAAUGCAGCGUCGCCGCCCUGCUGACUGUUUCCCACGCAAGCAACUCCAAUAAAAUCUCAAUUCCAUUUCUGAUCAUUUUGCAGUUUCCAUUCAUCCCUUUGCAUUGAGACAUGAGUGAAGAGAAUAUGCAUUCAUUAUAGUAUUUCUUACGGAAAAUUUCAAUAAACUAAUUCAAAGA